UUAAAUUAGUUGCCUUGCACCACAGGAGCGCGUCUUCUUGUCUAGUCUAUGACGUUCCACCGUUCAUCGACGCAAUACAAUUGCAUUUGGAUAAAGUGAGAGCAUGCAAGUGCUCUGUGCUGACCAUGGCGUAUUCGAAACAAUGUUUACUUUUCGUUUUAACGGUCUUUACAUUUGCCACUAGAACGAGUUUUGCUCUGCCAGAGGUCAUCCGGAUUGGAGGAUUGUUUGAUAGUUCAGAUCCUAUGCCCGAAUCAGCUUUCAGACAAGCUCUGGAUCGAAUCAACGAAAAUGGGAGAUUUCUACCAAAGUCCAAUUUGGUGUCGUUAAGCGAACGCUUACCACCCAGCGAUUCACAUUUUGCUUCAAGAAGAGUGUGUCAGAUGUUGCGUAACGGAUUGGCGGCUGUUCUGGGACCUUCAUCUUCGUCGACAUCUUCCCACGUCCAAUCGAUUUGCGACGCUCUUGAGAUUCCGCACGUCAAUACUGGCUGUCAAUCACGUCUCCGUCGGACACAGUACGCAAUCAACUUGCAUCCGCAUCCCACAGCUUUAGGACAGGCUUACGUGGAUGUCAUCCGCACCUGGGACUGGAAGACGUUUACCAUCCUCUACGAGGAAGAAGAAUCCAUGGUGAGACUCCAGCUUCUUCUCAAAGUGUCCACUACGUCCGGCUUUAAAAUCAACGUACGGAAAAUGCCCGAAACCACCAAUUUCAGGCCAUUUUUGAAAGAAAUUGAUGCCAAAGGUGAACGCAAUAUCGUGCUGGACUGCUCGGCUGAAACGUUGGCGGUUGUUUUGAAACAGGCCCAACAAGUUGGAUUGAUCACAUCUUCCUAUUCGUUUUUCAUUACCUCGCUGGAUCUCCAUACCCUCGAUCUGGAAGAUUACAAAUACAGUGGUACUAACAUUACCGGAUUGAGAUUGGUGGAUCUCAACAAGAUCAAAGCUGCCAAUUUGACCAAGGCGUACAGCAGCACCAGUCGAUAUUAUAAUCCCACUCUGAUGAAUCCAAAUGCAACCACGUUUACGACGGAAACGGCACUGACUUACGAUGCUGUUCACAUGAUCGCCAAAGCCCUGCGUGAAUUGGAUCGCAGUCAAGACGUCCGAGUUAAAUCUUUGAAUUGCGAUGGGGUUGAUACGUGGAUCCAUGGCAACAGCCUCAUCAAUUACAUGACACUGGUGGAAAUGGAAGGAUUGACGGGAUUCAUCAAAUUCGACACGCAAGGAUACCGCACUUUCUUUUAUCUCAGCAUUUUGGAAUUAACACCCGAAGGAUUGACGGCUGUCAGUUCUUGGAAUCCGAUAGACGGAGCCAAUGUGACCCGUCCGACUGUAACGGAGGCAACGACUCUUUUGGAUGAUAACCUGAUCAAUAAGACGUUAAUUGUAUCGUCGAAAUUGAGCGAUCCUUAUUUCAUGUUGAAAGAAUCUGCAGAUAUGCUCACGGGAAAUGAUAGAUUCGAAGGAUUCGUGGUAGACGUCAUCGACGAAGUGUCGAAACUGUUGGGUUUCAAAUAUGUUUUAAGAAUGGCGGCAGAUUCAAAUUACGGAACACUUGAUCCAGUUACCGGCGAAUGGAACGGAAUCAUCCUCGAGUUGCUCGAAGAGAAAGCUGAUUUGGGUAUCGCCGAUUUGAGCAUCACCUAUGAACGGGAGCAGGCUGUAGACUUUUCGUUACCCUUCAUGAAUACAGGUAUCAGCAUUCUGUACAAGAAACCCCAGAAACAACCUCCCAGCUUGUUUUCUUUCUUGUCACCAUUGUCCGUCGAGGUCUGGAUCUACAUGUGUGCAGCUUACGUUGGAAUUUCCUUGGCUCUCUUCAUUCUCGCCAGGUUGACACCACUCGAAUGGGUCAAUCCACAUCCAUGUGAUCCGAAUCCAAAGGAAUACGAAAACCAGUUUAACUUCCUGAACAGUACCUGGUUUACGAUCGGCUCUCUGAUGCAACAGGGUUGUGAUUUAGCCCCGAGGGCAACAUCAACUCGUAUGGUGGCUGGAAUUUGGUGGUUUUUCACGAUGAUUAUGAUUUCUUCGUACACUGCCAAUUUGGCUGCUUUCCUAACCAUCGAACGAGUUGAAUCUCCAAUUUCUUCUGUAGACGAUUUGGCCAAACAGACGAAAAUCAAAUACGGCAUUGUCGGUUCGGGAUCUACCUUGGCAUUCUUCCGAGAUGCCAAAAUAGCCACGUAUCAGCGAAUGUGGCAGUUUAUGGAAGCGAAUAAUCGAUCUUCGACGCCUCAAAUGCCUGGCCCCUACGUCAAAAGUAACAUGGAAGGUGUGAAACGUGUCCAAGACUCGAAAGGACUCUACGCCUUCUUGAUGGAAUCGUCCACUAUCGAAUUUUUCACAGAGAGAAAAUGUGAUUUAACACAAGUUGGUGGUAUGAUUGAUUCGAAAGGUUAUGGCAUCGCCAUGCGACCAGGAUCACCGUACAGGGCAGCAAUCAGCCAGGCCGUGCUCAAAUUGCAGGAAACGAAUCGACUGUUGAUCCUGAAGAGCAGAUGGUGGAAAGAGAAACGAGGUGGAGGGGCCUGCAAAGACGAAGGUGGUGGUAGCUCAGCGGCUAGCGAACUUGGAUUGGCUAACGUCGGUGGAGUUUUUGUCGUCCUGGUUUGCGGUCUCGGCAUCGCCAUUUUCAUCAGUUUGUGCGAAUUCUCCUGGGAGGCUCGCAAAAUUGUUAAUGAAGAAGGAGACAGUUUUUGGAAAGGAAUGCUACGCGAAUUUCGAUCGGCUGUGCGAACGAGCGGAAACACUAAACCUGUCAAACGUCGAUACGGUUCGUCAGUCGCUCGUAGCGAGUCGAAACUCUGAAUGGAAAUUUGUGUUUAUGCUACACUAACUGUAAUUUUUCAAAUCAAACACAUCAAGACUGACUACAGAUUCAUCGAAAUUGCAGGCGUUUCUUCUAUAGCAAAAAAUUGAGUGUCACGAUAUCAAUUGCAGUGGAAUAAUACAGUGUAAUGCUAAGCGUCA